CUGCAGCUUCUAAGGAUGCAGGGUGCUUAUGGGGGGCUUACAGGUCACUGCAGCCCUGAGGGCCCAUCCCUCAGCCCCUCCGUUUUCCCCAGUCCUCUCCUCCCACUCCCAUCUCCCCUGUCUUAUUUAGGGACUUUCACUGUCCGGCUGCUCCAGACCUCCACCUUCCAAAAUACCUCCUUUGUGGACACAGAGGGGCUGGGCUUCCUGGAAGACAUCGAGCUUGGUUCUCUGGAUAAGCACACUUGGGCCAUCCGCUUCUACCAGCCCUGGGUGCGCCCAGCCCUGCGCCGCAGUGACUGGGACACCAUUCAGAACAUGAUCAAGAUCUAUUUGCAGCGGUUCAGCCACCUGAUCAAUGAAGGUGCUAUGCAGAAGGACGUGCCCUCCCCAGCAGCAUCUGGGAAGUGGGGAAGGACCCAGGAGUGCUGGUGCUGCAUAGGAUACGCUGACCACAUCCACAGGACAGCAGUUCUAGCCCUUUCAGUUCAUGCAACCUUUCUCUCCUCUGCCCCUCCAGACCCGUUUGUGGCCCAAUGCAUGGCGGGCUGCAAGCUCUACCCAAACAGGACCUCCCAGGCCUUCACCUAUGUGGGUUACAACGGCCAGGACUUCCUCAGCUUCAACACAGACAAUGGCACCUGGGUCCUCUCCCAAGACACUGACCUGUCACGAUACGUCCUGGCCAUUCUCCAGAACUACACCGCCUUCAGUGAGCUGCUGGAAGUCUUCUUCAACGAUACUUGUGUCGACGACAUGGAGAUGUUAGUGCAGUAUGGGAAGGCAGCUCUGGAGAGACAAGUGCCACCCGUGGCCGUGGUCUUCGCCCGCACACCCAGCCCAGCCCAGCUCCUUCUGGUUUGCCGCGUCACCGGCUUUUAUCCACGGCCCAUCAGUGUGGCCUGGCUGCGGGAUGGCCAGGAGGUGCCACCAGGCCCAGCACUCAACACCAGCGCCAUCCUGCCCAACGCUGACCUCACCUACCAGCUCCGCAGCAUCCUGGCUGUGACCCCCCAUGAUGGGCACAGCUAUGCCUGCCGUGUGCGCCACAGCAGCCUGGGCAGCCGCAGCCUCCUUAUCCCAUGGGGUAGGUGCCACCCAUGGGGACAGGGAUGGGGGUCCUGAGCCACUCUGCCUCACAGGAUGGAACAAAGCCAGGAAAGCUCAUGGCAGCCUCUGCUCUUGUUUCUCAGGUAACUCACAGGUGGUGCUGAUUGCAGGGCUUGGAGCCGGGUUGCUGGCAGCCCUGGCUGUGGCUGUCAUCACGGUGCUUUGGGUGAGGAGAUGCAGGUGAGACCUCUUCUUCUCCAAAGCAACACUGGGAGAGGGGGGAAGGAAAUGCCCCAGGGCAUUGAUGCACUUUAGCAACAAAGCUCCUCCGCCGGCCCUGCCGGCUGCUGUCUGCAUCCCUACAGUCUUUCCCAUGGAAUACCCAUGAGCCGUCCCCAUCUCGUUUCAGAAAGCACCGGCAGAUGGCAGAAUCAGAGUCCAGGAACUCCAUCCUGAACAAGGAAGCUUAGCUCGGUAGGGAGCCAACAGUCCCCGGUUCCUUCCACCACCUUCACAGCGACAAAAACUCUGCCUUUUUCUGCUUUGACAAAAUUCUGGGCAAAGACAAGAGUGAGAUCAACUCAACAUGGAGAUGCAGCAGGGAAACCUGGGGGGGCUUCUGGUCCACUUCAAUUUGCUAAGCAGACAAGGAUGCAAGUCUGAGACCUCCUCGCUCGUUACACACAAUCACCUCUUUUUACCUCAUGGCACUGCCUCACGCACCCGCUGAGGAUCUUUAGGGCACCCCAAUGUCCAGUGGCAGUUUCUUCCAGUUCUGGUACAAUAACACAUUUAUCAGUAAGCGGUAAGCUGUGCCCUUCUACUGUCGCUUUCUAGUAAUUUUUCCUAAAAGCUGCCUUUAUUAACCAUAUUCCAGAAACGUGUGCAUAGAUAGAACUGUUCCACCCAGACUAACAGCACCUGGCCACAAACCAUUUUACGAAGUGCUGAGUAACACUGAAACGCUGAUGUAAUCUAUGGGAGCUGAAGAUGUGUAUAAAAUGAAAUUAAAA